CGCAGUUGAUGUUAGCCAUGGAAACGCGAGCGGUCCUGGAGGCCCCGGGUCAGCUGCUGGUGCCGCCACAUCCAUCGUCGGGCGGGAGCUCCCAACCGACCUCCCCAGGGGAGAUGUGGUCCCGGGACGCCCUCGCGUCGCCUUUCCCCUCGGGCGACUCCAGAUACUUCUGAUUAUGAAAAAGAUGUGACUUUCAGACCAAUCGUGAAUGGGAAGUAUGAGUCCAGAUGUUCCUCUACUAAAUGAUUACAAACAGGACUUCCUGCUGAAGCGCUUUCCACAGACUGUUCUUGGAGGCCCUCGACUCAAAUUAGGCUAUUGCGCCCCUCCUUACAUAUAUGUUAAUCAGAUUGUGCUCUUCCUGAUGCCAUGGGCCUUAGGUGGAACAGGAACACUUUUGUACCAGCUGGACAUCCUGAGAGACUACUCGGCAGCGGCUCUCUCAGGAGGACUCAUGGUAAUCACGGCAUCUGUCAUCCAGCUCACAAGUUUGUAUGCCAAGAACAGAUCUGUGGUGGUCAAAAGGGUGAUAACCAGGGACAUCCUAGCAGAGGAGGACGAACACGAAUUUACAAGCUGUGCUGGCGCUGAGACCGUGAAGUUUCUGAUUCCUGGAAAAAAAUACGUCGCCAAUACAGUUUUUCAUUCUAUCCUUGCUGGGUUGGUAUGUGGUCUUGGAACAUGGUAUCUGCUCCCAAACAGAAUAACCUUGCUGUAUGGCAGCCCUGGGGCGACCGCUGCGCUUUUUGUCUUUGGGUGGAUAACACUUUGCAUAGGAGAAUAUUCGCUGAUCGUAAACACGGCCACAGAGACUGCAACAUUUCAGACCCAGGAUACUUACGAAAUCACUCCUCUCAUGCGACCACUUUACAUUUUCUUCUUUGUUUCGGUGGACCUUGCACACAGGUUUAUUAUAAAUACAGCAGCUCUAGAGCAAAUGAAUCAGAUUUUGCACAUCUUGUUUGUGUUACUGCCUUUCCUGUGGGCACUUGGGACUCUGCCGCCCCCUGACGCGCUUUUCUUUUGGGCAGUGGAGCAGGUUUUAGAGUUUGGUCUCGGAGGCUCACCCAUGUCGACUCACCUACGGCUAUUGGUAAUGUUCUUCGUCUCUGCUGGAACGCCCGUUGUGUCCUACUUCAUCCCCAGCACCGUUGGUGUGGUUCUUUUCAUGACUGGACUUGGGUUCUUACUGAGUCUUAACCUAAGUGACCUGAGUUUGGCCUUCAGGCACAGAGUGGGAAGCAGUUGUGAGGCUUUCCCAGGCUGCUGUGGAUCUGGAUUCGGGAGGAAGGAAUGCCUGCUGGGCGUGGCUAUGCUGGGCGUGGCUCUCCUGGAGGCGGGACUGCUACAUCAUUACACCAGCUUCUCACCCAUUUCCAAAAGCAGCGCUCAGUCCAUCGUGGGCUAUGUUUUGAUGGCGCUAUUUUCAAUACUGUGGAUACUGAGAGAAACUCAAAGCAUCUACGUCUUUGGAAUUUUCCGAAACCCUUUCUAUCCGAAGGAUGUACAAGCUGUGUCUUUAUUCUUCAAGAAACAAAAGAAGCUCCUGAAGGUUGGGGUUGUCAGAUGGAUCUUGCUAACUCUAGUAUCACCUUUGGCUAUGGUGGCCUUCCUCGCACUGGACAGCUCCUUACACGGGCUACACUCUGUGUCUGUCUCCGUGGGAUUCAGCAGGGCCUUCAGAACGGUGUGGCAGAACACAGAAAACGCUUUGCUAGAGACUGUGAUCGUAUCGGCAGUGCACGUGGUGUCCGACACAGACUGCUGGUGGAACAGGAGCCUUGAUACGGGAACUAGACUGCUAUUGAUUGGUAUCAUGCGGGACCGUUUGCUUCAGUUCCUCACUAAAUUGCAGUUUGCAGUGACGGUGCUUCUGGCAUCGUGGACAGAAAAAAAACAGCACAGGAGAACAACCACCACUCUGUGUGUCCUCAACGCUGUGUUCGCGCCCCUUGUGUUGGUUAUCAUAGUCCUUGCAGCGCUCCUGUCUGCUCCUCUACUGCCCCUCUUCACCCUUCCUGUUUUCUUGGUGGGGUUUCCUCGCCCAGUUCAGAGCUGGCCAGAAGCAGUGGGCAGCACAGCUUGUGUGUGCACAGACACAGUGUUCUACCACCAGAUGAUCCCCAGCUUGACCGCAAGUCUGCAGGAUGCAAUGGCAGCAGGAAGUUUGGGUCUCCUCCUCCCUGGCUCUCAUUACUUGGGCCGUUUUGAGGAUCGUCUAAUAUGGAUAAUGGUCUUAGAGCGUGGCUAUCCUUACUGCUGUGUUAAUGUGAAGGGGUUAGAAUUACAGGAAACAUCUUGCCACACUGCUGAAGCCCAGAGAGUGGACGAAGUGUUUAGAAGUGCUUUUCAGCAAGAAGGCCCACAAAUUAAUGAGCACUUGGGCAAUGUCCUGACCCCGUGUACUGUUCUGCCUGUGAAGCUGUACUCUGAUGCCAGGAGUGUCCUAUCUGGCAUCAUUGAUUCUCAUGAAAAUUUGAAGGAAUUCAGAGGUGACCUUGUUAAAGUGCUCGUGUGGGUGCUUAUGCAGUACUGUUCUAAAAGGCCCAGCACUCAGGAGAAUAGUCACCAAACUGAAAAGACCAGCGGAGCCUUACCGGUGGCCCUGCCUGCCUUGAACACUCCACCAUGCCCAAAAUCCCUGGAAGACUCAGACAGUUUAAAUUCAGACACUUUCCAUGACUGGUCUGAUGAUAAUAUUUUUGAUGAUGAACCAGGAAUCAAAAACAGAAAAGAAAAACUUCAGCUCAAAGAUCUAGCAGGUACAACUCUGCCUAUUCCAGGGUCAGUAGACUCCCAGGGUGCAGAUGAUCAUUCUUCAAGCACAGGUCCCAAAAAUGAUCUUUUUAGGACGGUUUUACUGGGCUUCCCUGCUGUCGACAAGGGCCAGCGAGAAGACGUGGCAUACAUCCCUCUCGUGGAGUUCAGUUGUUCACAGUCGCACUUGCUAAGUUUACCUGAAGAAUGGAGAUCUAACUGUACACCACACUCCAGAAUAAGGGAGGCAAGCCCCUUGUUUCCAGAAGACUGGUAUCAGUUUGUUUUAAGGCAAUUGGAAUGUUUUCACUCAGAAAAGUCAAGUGUGCUGGAAGACAUCGCAAAGGAUAAAGCUCUGAAGGCCUUGUAUGUCCAUACAGUGAUGGCGUGCUAUAUUGGUCUGUUUGGAAUAGACAACGUGGCACCUAGUCCUGGACAGAUAGUAAGAGUCUACAAUGGUGGCUUACCCUGCUCUGGUGCCUUGGAUUGGCUCUCAGAAAAGCCAGAUCUGUUCCAGCUAGUUCGGAAAGCAUUCAGGUAUACACUGAAACUAAUGGUUGAUAAAGCAAGUUUGGGUCCAAUAGAAGACUUUAAAGAACUGACCAACUACCUCAGAGAAUACGAGAGGGACUGGUACAUCGGUUUGGUAUCUGAAGAGCAGUGGAAGGAAGCAAUUCUAGGAGAAAAGCCAUGCUUGUUUUCCCUGGGGUAUGAGUCUAGUAUGGGCGUUUACACUGCGAGAGUCCUGGUGCUUCAGGAGCUCCCGGUCCACAUCGGGAAGCUGAAUGCUGAGGCUGUUCGAGGUCAGUGGGCCAAUCUCUCAUGGGAACUGCUUUAUGCCACCAACGAUGAUGAAGAGCGUUACAGUAUCCAAGCCCACCCACUCCUUUUGAGGAACCUCACCGUUCAAGCCGCUGACCCUCCCUUGGGAUAUCCAAUUUUUUCUUCAAAACCUCUCCCUAUACAUUUGUGUUAGUCCAUUUUUACAUCGAAAGGCAAGGGCAUCAGAGGAGGCCCUAGUUAAACAGAAUGAGUCUGUUCUGUCAUUCCUGUAGACUUUCUUCUUGCCCCAAGGAUGCCUGCGAGAAAAAGCUAAGGUCUGUAAAGCUGAUCUCCGCUGUCUGAAUGACUCAAGCAGCAGUUCCUCUGACCUAACAUGGGCAGAAGUAGUUGGCCAAUAUUUGUGCUGUAUGAGUUCUGAUAGGUUUUGGUACCUAAAGACAUUUGUACAAGAUUAGUUGUUUUUUACUGCUUUGCUAAAAGUCUGAAAAGUAAUUAGUCUUUUUAAAAGUCAAUAGGUUUAUACUUAUAUAUUUAAGAGACAUUCAUAUCAGUGUUUUUAAAUAAUAAUGAAACCUUUUAAUGGUUAACAUAACAUGUACAUAUAUUUAUUUGAAAUGUAGUUAAAUUUUAGUAUUUUUAAAUACUGUUUUAACAUUUAACAUGGCAUGAAUAGUCCCAUACAUUGUAUUCAUUUUUCAUAUACUUCAGUUUGAAAACUGUAAGCACUUGAAAUAAAAUAUGACCAGUAAAAUCUUGUUCUUUGUGUUGGGAGAGGGGUACACAUGUGUGUAGGUGCCUACACAUGCUUGUGGAAGCCAGAGGUCAACCGUAGGCUGUAGAAGGAGCAGUGGGCUGCGUUCCUGCCACCCGGCUCCUGGUCACCUGGCUAGCUUAUGCCCUGAAAUAAUUACAUGGAAACUGUAUUCAUUGAAACACUGCCUGGCCCAUUAUAUCUAGCCUCUUAUUGGCUAACUCUUACAUAUUUAUUUAACCCAUAUCUAGUAAUCUGUGUGGGGUCGUGGCUUACUGGGAAAGUUUCAGUGUGUCUGACCUGGCAGCUGGCUCCAUGGCGUCUUCCUGUCUCUGCUUUCUUCCUCCCACAAUUCUGUUCUGUCUUUCCUGCCUACCUAUGUUCUGACCUAUCAGACCUUUAUUAAUUCUUUAUUAAUUAACCAAUGAAAGCAACAGAUAGAUAAAAGACCCUCCUACAUCAGUAGGCAGUAUCUCUCUCCGGGACUUGGGAUUUGCUGAGUUGGCUAGGUUGGCCAGUCAAUGAUCCUCAUCUGUGUCUACCUCACCAGCAGUGAGAAGAAAUAGAAGCAGUCAUCAAAAGUCUCCCAACUACUAAAAACCUAGGACCAGAUGGUUUCAGCUCAGAAUUCUACAAGAUUUUCAAAGAAGAGCUAAUACCAAUACUCCUUAAAUUGUUCCACACAAUAGAAACAGAAGGAACAUUGCCAAACUUUUUAUGAGGCUACAAUUACCCUGAUACCCAAAACACACAAAGAUAUUACUAAGAAAAAGAAUUACAGACCAAUCUCACUCAUGAACAUUGAUGCAAGAUACUAAAUAAAAUACUGGUAAAUCGAAUCCAAGAACACAUCAGAAUCAUGUUCCACCAUGAUCAAGUUGGCUUCAUUCCAGAGAUGCAGGGAUGGUUCAACAUACAAAAAUCUGUCAACGUAAUCCAUCAUAUAAACAAACUGAAAAAAAAAACUACAUACAUGACCAUCUCAUUAGAUGCUAAAAAAGCUUUUGACAAAAUACAAUAUCCCUUCAUGAUAAAGGUCUUUGAGAGAGCAGAGAUACAAGGAACAUACCUAAAUAUGAUAAAGGCAAUAUACAGCGAGCCAACAGAAAAUGAUUUCUUCCAGCAGUCCAAAACAUUGCAUAGGUACAUUUCAAACAAGAGCCAAAAUAUAUAAUAUAUAUGUAUGUAUCACAAACAGAAUAACUUAAAUUUGUAUUGACAUAAAAACCUGUACCAAUGUGAAACUUUUGAAACUAGCAACAGUUUUCUAUGUUAAUCAAUAAUAAUUUGUACCCAAUUUCCUUUAAAGAUAAUAAGUAUUUCUACCCCGUUGGAUCUAAAUGAUUAAAACAUAUAUUUUUCUUUUCCUAUGAAAACAAAAGCAUAAUUUUCCCAAACACAAUGUAUCUAUAACUUUUACUUUAAAAUCAAUGCUUUCCAAAGUACACAGGUUGGUAUAAUUCAACAUUUUUUUCAAGCAGUAUCAGGACAGAGAAGGGUUAAGAUGAGAAAUUGCUGGCCAGCAGAAGAGACCUUGAGUGUUAUCACAGUGAAGAAGAACUUGGCUUAGAAAAGAAAAGAGGGGGAGCAGUGCUGGUGGGCACAGAGUGUCCUUGACUGCCAGGAUUCCUGAAAAAAAAACAAUUGUUAACUUCUCCGGCCACAAUCUCAGAUUCUCUGUUUAGCAUCCGUGCAGGCUUUCAACUACAAGUAAUCAAUUCCCUGCCGCCCCAUUCGCGUGAAAGUGUCUCCCUGUAGCAUCACUGCCCACCUGAGCAUGGACACCCCCUGCCCUCUGCAGGAGCUGCUGGCUGGCUGUGAGCCAGAGAACAACAAAAGGAGGUGGUCCUUGCCAUGCCUCUCCUUAGAGAAGAUUUACUUUUGGGAUGCUAAAUCCUGGAAAUGAUCCAAUAAAAAUGUACAGGAGGCUAGAGGCAGAGGUUGUCUGUCUCAUCUCCUCCAGGACAGCAAAGAAAGUCAAGUCAGUAGACAAAAACGGACAAUAAUGAAAGACAAACAGGUACCAGUACCACUUAAACUUUUCAGAGACAUGAACACAAAACAGCAACAUAAUAACAGUCAAAACACAGACCAAGACAAAGAGCACUCAUCUAUUCACAUACACCUUUUAAAAUCUUUAGACUCCUACUCCCUUCUCCAGGGAACCUGGAGAAUAUGACAUAAAAAUUGGAGAUACAGGGAAACUUCCAUAAAAUGAUCAGAAUUUCAUUUUCAUUCUCUUGCUGCUCAGGAAUGAUUUACAGAGCUUAAAAGGGCAGAAAGACAAUGAGUAUGCACCUCUAGAGUUGAGAACUUGCUUUAUUCCUUAUUUGAUUCCAACUACAUCUACAGGAACUCCUAGAAUCUUAAGACAAUAAUGCAUUAUCUUUAGAAAUGACUAAGCUUAAUAAAGUGUGCAGAUUGUAGCUUGUUUUUAGCCUACUUACUUAGUAUAUGAACCAGUUUGUUCCAUCAAUGUAAAAAAGAUUACUUUAGGACUAAUUUCAGUUAAUAAAUCCAUGAAAUCUCUGAGUUGUAUUUUUGUGGGUGAGAUGAUGUAGUAAGAUGGAGUUUUCUGUUUCACCCUAAACUAGUUUAGACAUCUGGCUGUGGUUUACCUGAUUGAAUUUAUUUUAUGGGCAAUGUCAUAUCUUUAAUGAAGAAAAAUUUCCAAACAGUUAUCAAAAACCAUGAAGACAUUUGGCAGCUGCAGAUAUUGUUGACCACAGUUUCUACUGGCUGGCUCACCUGCAGGGAGUUGUCCUGACCUGGGCCCUGGCAGUUCCUUUCUUGGAAUUGUUUUUGACUUUGCUGGAACUGAGUUCAUCCCCUACAGAGGCCUUGUCUAAAAUGGAAUUCUUUCUCAAGAUGGAGUUUGCUCUGCUCCUUCACUCAGAUAAGCACUGGAGAAGCCAGGAAAGCUAAACACACAGCUUACUUCUCCAACGGCAUAAGGUGCACAGCUGCUCUUCCUGGAAUGCUAAAGAUGAUGUCGUUUUACAACCUGGUGAUCCUUUGCUGUCUUAUGGGACAAGCUCUGCCCACAUCUUCCAGGAUUUUUGUUUUUAUUUAUCCCUUCCCCUUAAAAACCCUGACCAUUGCUUCUAGACCAUCAAUCCAUUCUUAUGAGUGAGGUCACUUGUGCUUUACAACAGCCUAAGUGACAUCUGAGUCAUCUUACAGUCAGGUCAAACCUGACACUCACAGGUGUUAUGUUCACCUCAGUCAAACUCCUUAGACUCUAAAUUUUGGGCACUAUCUCUGAGUCAACAGUAGCCAUAUUUGUGAAAGAAGCCAGUUGUACUUUGUAAGGAACCUCAAUGUAAACAUGUCUUAAAUUGUUGCGCACUUGGGACUAAGUUAAUUGUUAAAACUUUUUCCAAACUUGUGUUAUGUUUAAAUACGGCUAAAGUAAAAUGAUCUGGGCCAGACUCUAGAAGUUCUGGCCCAGUGCUGAUUACAAUAAAAUCAGGCCGAGAGCCAAGUUUCUUUCUUAUCUCACCCUGAUUGUUUUCCCCUGCCUGCUGCAAAGCCAGCAGGAGAAUCACCAGAGGAACUAAUGUAAAAAAGAAAAACAGCCAAACAUGAUGAUUCCUAUUUGUAACCCCAGCAGUAGGGAGUUGGAGGCAGGUGGCCAGCCAGUCUAGCCUAAUCAGUAACUCCAGGUAAAUGAGAGCUACUGAGGAGACAGAGGCAAGCAGAUCUCUGUGAGUUCAAGGCCACCCUGAUCAAUACACAGUGAGUUCCAGGACAGGCUCCAAAGCUACACAGAGAAACACUAUCUCAAACAAACAAAAAUAACCAAAAAAAAGUAGAAGCUGGAGAGAUGGUUCAGUGGUUUAGAGCACUGGCUACUUUUCCAGACAAUUCCAGCACCCCCAGCUCACAACUAUCUGUAAC